AUGCCCUUCAAUAUAAGCAAGUGCAACUUUCUUCAACUAGGCAGCUUCAGAGCCUCCAGCCCCAGGACUUACUUUCUAGAGGGCACACCACUGCAACUGGUUGACAGUCAGAAGGACUUGGGUGUAUGGAUUACAUCUUCACUCAAACCAACACUGCACUGCGCGAAGGCGGCUAAAUCGGCUAUGGCUACACUGCAAAUCAUUAAGCGAGCAUUUAUGGGGUUUGAUCCAGACAGCUUUUCAAAAAUAUUUGGCACCUACGUGAGGCCUCAUCUAGAAUACGCCAUUCAGGCGUGGAGACCUUGGACUGCCAAGGACUAUACCGUUUUGGAGAAGGUCCAGAGACGGGCGACCAAAGUGACACAAGGUCUGGGAGCGCUGUCCUACGAAUCUCGACUGUCAACUCUCAACCUGUUUCCACUUUCCUACAGGUAAUUAUAUGAUGACCUUAUACUUGCAUUUCGCAUUAUCAACGGCCUACAUUGUUGUUUAGAUACCACUGAUUAUUUCACACAAGCUAACACGCCCAAUUUGCGCGGUCAUCCCCUAAAACUACGCGCCGGGAAACCUAGGAUCAAUGGAAGAAAGUUCUUUUUCAGUCACAUAGUGGUUGCAGCGUGGAAUGCCCUGCCCACCGAUGUUGCAACCUCCUCCUGUGUGAAUUCCUUUAAGUCUAGACUUGACGCGCAUCAAGCCUCCCAUUUACCAGCCUUGCAUCCACUCACUUAGACGGCACCAUCUUAAACUUGUUUAUACUACUUGUAACUAGUUAGUAGCCGUUAUUGAUUACUCUUUUUUGACUAGCUGUCAGCGAUUAUGUACAAAACCCCUUUUUUCACCUUCCCACUAUCAAUGUUUUUCUCCGACGACUUGUAACCAAUAGGGAGUUCAAAGGCGCUCGCCUAUAUUUGCCUUAAUAAACUGAAACUGAAUCGAAAACAUUGCACAUUUUGGAGUGUCUUCAGAAGUGACCUCAACGGAAGUGUCCUCUUAUGCCGCCAUCGACCACUUCCCUCAAGCAAGAACCAGAAACAACCUCGAUCUGCCGCCUUCUCUUCCAGAAGCGAACAGGGCUGUACAUCAACUCUCCAGCAGCAAGGCGCCGGCAUCCGCCGCGUUCCCAACAGACGGCCCCGGCUGAUUAAUCAACUCACAACGCUAUUCCAAGAGAAGUAAAUCAGAGGACAGGUUCCUUGGGACUUUAAGGAUGCGACAGUCGUUUAACCCUAUGAGCGCUAAGAGAACCAGUAAGUCUGUGAUGAUUACAAAGGACUCGUUCUGCUCGAAAUCCCCAGAAGGACCUUCACUCGCAUCCUCCUCGAAUUGGGCACUUCAGCUGGAAAGUCUGGAUUCUGACGCCACUGCGGAAGCACCGACAUGAUCUUCGCCGUCCGCCAGCUGAAAACGAAGCGAUAGAGAAUGCGGACACACCUCUACAUUUCCUACGUGGACUCGAAGAAAGCCUUCGGGGGGGGGUGGACUGCAAUGAAUUGAGGAAAAUCGUGCAGGAAUUCGGCUGUCCUGUGCAAUUCACGCACACGGUGUGUCGGCUGCACGACGAGAUAAUGGGGUGCUUAAUGGCCAACCGGACUGUCCCCGAGGUAUUCGCAGUGACUAAUGGAAUAAUGAAGAACUACGUUAUUGGCCCAAACCCCUUCGGCUUCAGAUGUUUCGUCAUGCUGAUGGACGUUUAACUUGAUACGUGCUCCAAACAUCGCAACGCCUACGGGGCUGACGAAAAUCUUAGCAGUCGGCGCGUGCAGAUCUCACCACGUCUCAAUACUAUUAAAAUGCAUGACCCGCUCUGCGCUGAUGACUGCGCAGUCAACGCCGUGUCAGGAGUUGACACGAAACGGAGCAUGGGCCUCUUUGCCGAGGUUGUGUCAGCUUCGGGCUGACUAUAAACACUGACAAAACGGAAGUCACGCAUCAGUAUCCACCGAAGGGCGCAUACAAUGUUCCUUUCAUUCACUUCAACGACACCCAACUGAAGACUGCGGAUAACUUCGCCUAGCUAGGCAGUACAUUCUCACGCUGCACCAAAGUGGAAGACGAAGUGUCUUACCGGACCUCCAAAGCCAGCCAAGUAUUUGGCUUGCUACAGAACUCCGUAUGGAAGGUCAACGUCCCAAAAGUAAAAUGAAGGCGUACAAAAGUGUAACCAUGUCGACGCUGUUGUAUGGUGGGGUGAUCUGCAGAGUUUGCGAAAAACAAGCGCGGAAAAUCAGUUUAUUUCCCCUGGAUACUAAGGCUGUGACAGAACAGGACCGUGGACACUGUAGUUUUGGAACGACUGAAAUCCUCAGAACCCAUGCCAUGCUGCGGCAACUGCAAUUAUUUUUGAGCGGCAAACUCAUGAGAAUGGACAACGGGCGCCUAACAACACAGAGAUGUCUCCACGAUUUAUCGCCCAUAAGGAGGUCUAACCCGUUGCUACAAGACACCGUGCAGAAUUCUCUGAAGCGGAUACAGACCAACCCGGUUUCAUACAGAACCGAUCUGCUUGAGGAAGAACAGCGGAAACAGGAUCAGCUACCUAUAAAGCCGGCCGUACAGGUCUCAUCACGUCUCUCUAACAUGCAUAGCCUGCUCUUAGCUGAUGACUGCUCAGUCAACACCGUGUCAGAAGCUGACAUACAACGGACCAUUGCCGGGGGUUUGCCAACCUUGGACAGUUACAAGAAUAAGGUGAUCCACGACGCCAACUCUCAACCUAUCUCGUCAUGCUUACGUCGUGAAAAAAUGCCCGGUGCGCCGGUCGACCUCGUCAGACAUCUCUGGACUCAAAGCAUCAACCCGAUUGACCCAACCGAUGUCGCUCUGAGCCCCCUCUGUUCCAACACUCACGACGUCCACUACAACGACCCCCUCACUGCGCAUGGCCAACAUCCCCGUGCGGCACCUCCGUCGGACGCUGCUCUCUCCAUCAUUCCUGCCACAACUCCCGCGGCGAAGAACACCGCCAGAAGUCCCCCCCUUCACAAUCGGAAGUAA